UCUGCUCCGCUGCUGCUGUCCGGGAGGGGUCUCGGCGGGGUCUCGGCCGGCGGGGAGCGCGGGAGGGGGCGUGCGGGCACCUGCUGUCCGUCGCCAUCAUGCAGCGCCGGGUGUUCGUGGUGGGCGUCGGUAUGACCAAGUUCACAAAACCUAAUGAGGAGAGUGCUGAUUACCCUGAUAUGGCUAAGGAGGCAGGCCAGGCGGCUUUAAGUGAUGCUGGGAUUCCGUAUUCAGCAGUGCAACAGGCAUGUGUUGGUUAUGUUUACGGUGACUCAACCUGUGGACAACGGGCUAUCUAUCAUGGUUUGGGUUUAACUGGCAUUCCUAUCAUUAAUGUUAACAACAACUGUGCUACUGGAUCAACUGCUUUGUUCGUGGCCAGACAACUAGUAGAAGGAGGUUUGGCAGAUUGUGUUCUGGCACUUGGCUUUGAGAGGAUGGCAAAAGGAUCCCUUGCUUCAGGUUUUUCAGACAGAACUAGUCCAAUUGACAAACAUUUGGAAAUUAUGAUAAAUAAAUACGGCUUAGCAACCGCUCCAGUAGCACCUCAGAUGUUUGCAAGUGCUGGGAAAGAACAUAUGGAGAAAUAUGGGACAAAUCCAGAGUACUUUGCAAAAAUUGCAUGGAAGAAUCAUAGCCAUUCAACUAAAAACCCGUAUUCCCAGUUCCAGCAGGAGUACACAUUAGAUGAAGUUCUGCAUUCUCGCAAAAUUUUCGAUUACUUGACUAUCUUACAGUGUUGUCCAACAUCAAAUGGUGCCGCAGCUGCAAUUUUGGCUAGUGAGGAGUUUGUGAAAAGGUACAAGUUGCAGCCCAAAGCUGUGGAAAUUCUAGCCCAGGUGAUGGCUACUGAUUAUCCAAGCACAUUUGAAGAAAACAGUUGUAUAAAGAUGGUUGGCUAUGAUAUGACUAAAAAAGCUGCAGAAAAAUGUUUUGAAAAAGCAGGCCUAAAACCUGCAGAUGUUGAUGUGAUUGAACUUCAUGACUGUUUCUCAGUUAAUGAGUUCAUUACCUAUGAAGCUCUGGGACUCUGUCCAGAAGGAAAAGCAUGUGACCUGAUUGACAGAGGAGACAAUACUUAUGGAGGAAAAUGGGUUAUUAAUCCUAGUGGUGGCUUGAUUUCAAAGGGACACCCACUUGGUGCUACAGGCCUGGCGCAGUGCGCCGAACUCUGCUGGCAGCUGCGCGGCCUGGCCGGGAGGAGACAGGUCCCCGGGGCAAAGGUCGCGCUGCAGCAUAACCUGGGCAUCGGCGGGGCCGUGGUGGUGACCCUGUACGGCAUGGGCUUCCCCGGAGCCGCCAGCACCGACCGUCUUGCGGCUGUGCCUCUCAGCGCAGCUGUUGAUGGAUUUAAGUCACAUUUGGUCUUCAAAGAAAUUGAAAAGAAGCUCCAAGAGGAAGGAGAACAAUUUGUCAAGAAAAUUGGUGGAGUCUUUGCCUUCAAAAUAAAAGAUGGUCCUGGUGGGAAAGAAGCAACUUGGGUAGUAGAUGUGAAAAAUGGUAAAGGCUCUGUGGCAGUUAAUUCAGAUAAGAAGGCGGAUUGUACAAUUACGAUGGCUGACGCUGAUCUGUUAGCGCUUAUGACUGGCAAAAUGAAUCCUCAGACAGCAUUCUUUCAAGGCAAAUUGAAGAUUUCUGGGAACAUGGGCAUGGCAAUGAAACUUCAGAAUCUACAGCUUCAGCCAGGCAAAGCUAAACUUUGAGCUCAUUAGAGUAAAGAGUCAGUACUUAUAUUCUUGACAAAAAAGUAGAAUGAAACUAGACAUUAUCAGUAAUAUGGCACAGGCUGGGUUUGAUUGGACCUCUCACCUAAAAUCUGUGGUUAGGAACCUUAAUUAUCUUAAUAAAUUCCAUCAGUUUCUCUAUGGGAAAGAUUUUUAGGCUAAGCUUGAGGCACUAACUCUUACAAAUGGUAUGUGGUGGGUAUUUGUGACAAUUUCAUAAAACUUUUCAUAUUGAUUAAAACAGAAACUUAGAGUUGAAUGAGGCUGCUUACCCUGUUGUUCAGGUUAGUUGGAAGGAGAGUGAGGAAAGUUAUAAGCAGUUUGACAUAUCAAUGAAAUGAGUUGCUUUUUUUAAAGCUGUAGUAUCAGGUCAUACAAAUACUUUCAGACUUCCAUUCUAACAAAUUUGCUGCUGCUUAAAUUAAAGUGGUCUUAUAAAGGGGAUCUCUAACAACGUUUUUUUAGAAUAGGCUUUAGGAAUUUGCUAUAAAAUACUUUUCUUAUUACUACUUUGGAAUUUAAAAAUAAACAAAAUACCCAGGAGUAAGGAAGAACUAGAACGUUGCUUUGAGAUUCACAGAGUCUGAUAAUACUUCACCUUGAAAAAAGAUUGGAUUUGCCAGGAGAGCAGAGAGGGAGUAUAACCAACACUUCACCUGCUUUCUCCUGAGAAAAUCUGGUGUUGAUCAUUAUGAAAUUCUUGUCAGUAAUGUAAAAGCUUUAACUUCUGUUUUGGGAAAAUGUAUUCUGGUUGGAAAUUUAAUAGAAAAUUAAAUAUACUUUUCCUGUUC